AUGGCAGCUACAAAGGAAGAGAGUCGACAGAAUGAUACAAAUGAGCUGGGAUGGAAGGCGAAACUGCGACUACCACCACCAGAUACCAGGAUCAGAACAUCAGAUGUAACAAACACCAAAGGCAACGAGUUUGAGGACUUCUGUUUAAAGCGAGACCUUUUAAUGGGAAUAUUUGAGAAAGGUUGGGAGAAGCCAUCACCCAUUCAGGAAGCCAGCAUUCCUAUCGCCCUGACAGGGCGGGACAUCCUUGCUCGGGCUAAAAACGGAACAGGGAAAACUGGUGCUUAUGCUAUUCCCUGUCUUGAAAAAAUUGAUCCAACAAGAGAUUGUGUUCAAGCCAUGAUCAUUGUACCCACGAGAGAAUUGGCCCUACAGACAAGUCAGAUCUGCAUCGAGCUGAGCAAACACAUCGGCUGUCGCUGCAUGGUAACAACAGGAGGCACCAACCUAAAAGAUGAUAUCAUGAGGCUCACUGAACCAGUGCAAGUGAUGAUUGCUACUCCAGGUCGAAUCCUGGACUUGAUGAACAAGAAUCUGGUGAAGAUACAGAACUGUAACGUUCUUGUGUUGGACGAGGCAGACAAGCUGUUGUCUCAAGACUUCAAGGGCAUGUUGGACAGCAUUAUAGGGCACCUACCAGACGACAGGCAGAUCAUGCUUUACUCUGCUACAUUCCCGCUUUCUGUAGAAUCUUUCAUGAAGAGGUAUUUAAAAAGUCCUUAUGAAAUCAACUUGAUGGAGGAGCUGACACUGAAAGGUGUCACUCAGUACUACGCGUUUGUGCAGGAGAAGCAGAAAGUCCAUUGCCUCAACACACUUUUCUCUAAGCUGCAGAUCAAUCAGUCCAUCAUCUUCUGCAAUUCCACCCAGCGGGUGGAGCUGCUGGCCAAAAAGAUAACAGAACUGGGCUACUCAUGCUACUACAUCCAUGCCAAGAUGAACCAGCAGCACAGGAACCGCGUCUUUCAUGACUUCCGCCAGGGCUUAUGUAGGAACCUUGUCUGCUCUGAUCUGUUCACUAGAGGUAUUGACAUCCAAGCUGUGAAUGUUGUCAUCAACUUUGACUUUCCCAAGCAUUCAGAAACAUACUUGCACAGAAUAGGUCGAUCUGGCAGGUACGGACACCUAGGUGUGGCCAUCAAUCUCAUCACUUACGACGACAGGUUUGCUUUGCACAAGAUUGAGCAGGAGCUGGGUACCGAGAUCAAACCUAUCCCCAAAACCAUCGACCCAUCUCUGUAUGUGGCCGAAGCUCAGCCAGAUGAUUCUGAAAAGGAUGAUGAAUACUACAGGCAGCAGCAGCAGCGGCAGCAGAACUAUCACUCGCAGGUGAUGGGCAAUCACCAUCAGCGUACUCCCAGAACACCAGCUGUGCACCAACAUCAGAUGCACAGGGCACCACCACCUCACAACCAUCAACAGAUGAACAGGGCCCCACCGCCUUACAGUCAACAGCAAAUGCCCAGGGCACAAGCCCCACUACAGCAGGCAUCCAGGGCACCACCUCAGCACCAGCAGCAGGCAGUUGCCUAG